UAAAAAUGCAAAACCCUUGCCAAAAAAGGGAGAAUUCUUGUCUCUUCCCUAAGAAGGUAGGUGAGAUUUAUUUGAGAUGACAAAAGGCUCUAUGUCUGUUUGAAGAAGAUGGUUUGUCACCCAGAUGCUCUGCACCUAAACUACAGAUCAGAAGGUUCCCUUUGGUGUGGGAGCACAGUCCUGUAAAAUCCAUGUAGUUGAGCAAGUUUGCACAUCCUGACCUCCAGCCAGAGUCCUGAUCACAUUGGGAAUAGGCUGCUGAAAUGUGCUUCAAAGACUCAUUCACCCAGAAACAAUUUUUCUUUGAAAAUUAAAGACCGACUCCUUCGUGAGGCGAGCGGAGCAGAGGCCGAACUCGGGAUCUGACAAGAUGGCCAGGCUGCCCCACAGGAUCAUCAAGGAAACCCAGCGUUUGCUGGCAGAACUAAUUACUGGCUUGAAAGCAGAACCAGAUGAGAGCAGUGCCUGUUAUUUUCAUGUGGUCAUUGCUGGUCCCCAGGACUCCCCCUUUGAGGCAGGGACAUUUAAACUUGAACUAUUCCUUCCAGAAGAAUACCCAAUGGCAGCACCUAAAGUAGGUUUCAUGACCAAAAUUUAUCAUCCUAAUGUAGACAAAUUGGGAAAAAUAUGUUUAGAUAUUUUGAAAGAUAUGUGGUCCCCAGCACUGCAGAUCCGGACAGUUCUGCUGUCAAUCCAGGCUUUGUUAAGAGCUCCUAAUCCAGAUGAUCCAUUAGCAAACGAUGUAGCUGAGCAGUGCAAGAGCAACGAAGCCCAAGCCAUAGAAACAGCGAGAGCAUGGACGAGGCUCUAUGCCAUGAACAACAUUUAAGUCGAUCAGACCAUCAAGUGUACACCACUUCUCCUGUUCCACCAAGACUCCUUCCUUUUUUUGUUUGCAUUUAAUGGACACAGCCUUAGAAACAUUACAGA